UAGAGAUUUAUAGAAAUGGCUUUGAAUUUUUCACAUAGACCCUUUUCUUCCCAUUUAUCUGAGGAACCAAUGAAGAUAGCCAAUGGGAAUUGGUGUUCCAGUUUCGAUAAAGGUGAUUGCUUUGAUUUUGGAAGAGGUGAUUCUUCUUCUUCUUCUGUUGACAUACUUGAUGUUUUGCCAUCUGAUCCCUUUGGUAUGGAUAUCAACAACACUUUCACCGCCAUUACUGGUUGGCUUGAGGAUUGAUUUAAUAACCAGUAUGGGAGAAGGAGAGAUGACAUUUGGAUUGGUGAUGGAAACCAUCAGCAGCUCUUUGCUGGAUUGAGUUUCAUUUGGAACAAUGCUAUGCAGUUUCAGAGUAGUAGUGGGUACAGUUAUGGAUCGGAGUCUUUGCACGGUUUUGGUGAGGCCUUUGAUGGGUCUCUGUUCUCCGCAUGUAAAUUCCCCGAGACUAGUGUGGACAACAAUGUGUUUGGAGGUGCAUUUGAUGGUGAUGGGUCUUGUCAUGGCGCCUUUAUAUCUGCGAGUAGUGUGGAUGAGGUAUUGAGCGUUGAGGGUUCGAGGAGUAGUGAAGUUGUAGGAAGCAGUGAUCGAUGCACUAAUGGAGACGACGAGAAUGCGAGCGUUCAUCCAGCGUUUGGUUUUUGUCUUUAUCACUUGGGAGUGAAGGAUCUUCUUUCAGUCAGUAUGGUUUGCAAGUCUCUGCGUACAACUGUGUGUGAUGAUUCGUUACUGUGGAAACAUAUCCACAUUUGUCAACCGUUAAAUGAGAAGAUCACUGAAGAGUCUCUGCUGCAUUUAACUGAGAGGGCUCAGGGUACUAUGCAGUGUUUGAGGCUUGUAGAUUGCUGUAGAAUUACUGAUGAUUGUCUUAAGCGGGUGUUGGAGCGCAACCCGCAAGUAGUCAAGCUUGGUGUGCCUGGAUGCACAAGGAUCACUAUUGAUGGUAUUUUGAGCAUCUUAAGGGAUCUGAAUUCUGUGGGAAAGCUUCAACUGAAGCAUUUAGAAAUCGGUGGCCUCUUUGGAGUUACCAAAGAUCACUAUGAUGAAUUGUUUGAAUUGUUGAACAUUGACAAUAAUGUCGAACAGAAGAUUCAGAAGCCGCGUUUUUACCAUAGAGGAGACUCAUGUGUGUCCUGUGAUGAUGACCGGGCGCUAGAUAUUGAGAUGUGCCCAAAGUGUCAGAAUUCUAGGCUUGUGUAUGAUUGUCCAGCAGAAGAUUGUAAAGGGAAAAGGGAAGGUUCUGAGGAAUGUCGUGCUUGUUCUCUUUGCAUACAGAGGUGUUAUCAUUGUGGUCGGUGCAUCAAUGACAGCGAAUAUGAAGAAACGUUUUGUCUAGAGUUUUUGUGUGCUGUUUGUUCGAAGCCGGCCCCUAAGGUAACUCUCUAGGUAUAUAAUUCCAUCUGAGCCUUUCUUAUAUCUAUGAUUGAAUGGCUCAGUCUCCACGGGUAGGCUGUAGUUUAUGGGAGGUGUAUCUGCUCAUGGGUGUCGAUGCCAUGUGUGUAUUAGUAUUAUUUAUUUGGUUAUGACCAAAGAAAAAGACAAAAAACAAAAAAAAAAAGAGUCAAGAAAGAAAAGCAAUUAGUUUGGUUGGGGGAAGACUACUGAUGGUACUGUUGAAGCCUUCUGAGAAACAGAAGAUGUGGUCUACUGUUGAUGAGUGUGGCUUGUUUAGUUUGAGGAAGUUAUGAAUAAUGAAUUAUGCAAAAGGAAAACGCAAGAAAGAGGCUGAGUAAUAUGUUUCAACAGCAGGCAAUGGGACUUGUCAGCUGUUUUGGUGGUCUGAGUUUUGAAGACUACAUAAUAAGAAGAGUUUAGGCAUUGAUGGUACACGGUGCUGAAGCUAUCAGAGCUGGAUUUAGGUUAAGAAGCAGAUGAUCAUUUGGGUUUGAAGAUGAAAAACAUUGGUUGUCUGCUUUCUUGACCGAGAUCAUAAACUCCAUGUCAAUCAAGUAUUGCCACUAUGGUGAAAUCUUUGCUUAGUGGGGAUGUUCUUCAACUAUCUUUGAAUUUUUUUUUUUUUUUAAGAAUAAAAAACAUGUUCCCUUUCAUCUUUAUUUGGCGAUUGGAUACAUUGUUGUUGUUGUUGUCAUAAAAGGUUUGCUUUGGAUUUAGAGAUGUAUUUGACAUCUCGAAAGGGGGUUGUAACUUUGGAUUGGUCUUUGAUCCAUGUGUCUGUUAUAUUCAACUCAAUAAACAAACCGUGAGAUUCUACACCA